AUGGAGGCCGCAUGGACGCCGCAUGGGCGCCGCAUGGACGCCGCAUGGACGCCGCAUGGACGCCGCAUGGACGCCGCAUGGACGCCGCAUGGGCGCCGCAUGGACGCCGCAUGGACGCCGCAUGGACGCCGCAUGGACGCCGCAUGGACGCCGCAUGGACGCCGCAUGGAGGCCGCAUGGACGCCGCAUGGAGGCCGCAUGGACGCCGCAUGGGCGCCGCAUGGACGCCGCAUGGACGCCGCAUGGACGCCGCAUGGACGCCGCAUGGACGCCGCAUGGGCGCCGCAUGGACGCCGCAUGGAGGCCGCAUGGACGCCGCAUGGAGGCCGCAUGGACGCCGCAUGGGCGCCGCAUGGACGCCGCAUGGACGCCGCAUGGACGCCGCAUGGACGCCGCAUGGGCGCCGCAUGGACGCCGCAUGGACGCCGCAUGGACGCCGCAUGGACGCCGCAUGGACGCCGCAUGGACGCCGCAUGGACGCCGCAUGGGCGCCGCAUGGACGCCGCAUGGACGCCGCAUGGACGCCGCAUGGACGCCGCAUGGACGCCGCAUGGACACGCUCAGCAACCAAACUUCAACAACAUCCAGACCCUCUGCACUGUGGCUCAGACUUCUCCGGAGCAGGACAGUCCAGUAGAUCUUUCUUCGUCCCUGGACCUCUUCUCUUCUCUUGACCUUGAGAGUCUGGUGCAGGACCGUAACCCACCUGAGGUUAUCCAAGAACCUCCUGCUCCAGAAACCCCAAACCUCCAGGACUUUAACAGUCCUUCAGAAACUGUCAGUCCACCAGAGAAAACCGUCCCACCAGAGACAGAGGACGUCAGCUCCGAUGCCGCUCACUUCAUGGUUUCAGCGAUGAUCCAAAAGCUCUUGGACAAAUCCCCCGUGUCCCUGGACAUUAGGGAACAAGGAAAAGUCAUUUUGCGACUGCGUGAGGUGGAGCGAAGAGUCUCCAUGCCCCAAGGAACAGACCUAAAGACCAAGGACCUCAAAACUAAAGCUAAAGAGGCGGCUAGAAGUCUCCGGGAAGAGCUGGGACCCAUCUCCUCCGCCCUGCUCCAGAGCGACUGGUUUGUGGAGGCAGCGGUGAGAAAUUUGAACAUCCAGCUCCAAGACUUCGACGAGGACCCAGGCCGACGACCAGGACGCUUCUUCCUCCGAGUUCUUAAAAUGUUCAGGACCAGGAGGAGCAGAGUGUCGCCUGGUCCUCUGAGAGCAUACCUCAGAUCAGCGUGUUAA